AUGACAGAGGAUGGUUUGGCUGUGAAGAUGAACGUAGAUCGGGAAACUCCUAACACACAGAUCCUUGAAAAAUCUCUGCUAAUAAAAGUCCUAGGGAAAGAUGUUCCCUUCUCUGUUUGCAGCCUGGAAUUACGAAGACAAUGGAGUAGAUAUGAGAAAUUCCAUUUAACAACGCUUGUGCUAGACUGGAUUCUGUGCUCUUUCAGUAAUGCUGAAUCUAUGGAAGAAGUUUUGAGCGGAGGACCUUGGUAUAUUAGCAACCAUAUUAUUGGGAUUGAUAAAUGGUCCACCUUCUUCUCGCCAAAGUCGUUGAAAGGUUUGACAUCACCUGUAUGGAUUAGAUUUCCAUUCUUGCCUCAAAGCUGUUGGGAUGAGGAAAAUAUAGCCCGAAUUGCUUCAGUUAUUGGAACACCGUUGUUCCUUGAUGGGAAUUCUCUUAGAUGGGGAAAGAGAGAAUAUGCACGUGUCUGUGUGCGUAUUAAUCUUGAUAAGAAAUUGCCUAAAGGUGUGUGGAUAGAAGGAAUUCAAGGAAGAAUUUUUCAAAAGGUGGAAUACGAGAAGAUGACUUCUCUAUGCUACCAUUGUGGUAUUAUUGGACACAGCAAGAACAGUUGUCCGGAGCUUAAUUCUAUCAAAGUUGCUGAAUAA